AUGAGACGUUCAGUCCUGCUUUCCUCAAAGCGGAAUUCCGUCACCCCAAAGUCUACAACGACUUUGUUAAAACCAAAAGUUCCAGUCAAAGAGGAGAGCCUUCUCCACCCGCAGAAGGCGUUGUUAGUAGUUGGUCCAAAAGUUGAAGAAAAGAAAGAGAUAACCAAAGUCUACAAAAUGAUGUGGACUAAGAACACUCCGAAGAAGCAAAAGACUUAUAACGACGGGUUUAUCGUUGUCAAAUCGAAUAACAUUGGGUUCCUUCACGACGAAGAAGACAAACAAAUUGGAAAAAUAUCUAAUGUAUCGAAGGAAAUAACUCCCGACAUGAUAGGAGGGGAGUCGACAAUACUUUCAGGGAAGUUGGUUGAAAUCAUGGAAGAGAUACCGGUUGCCAACUACUUAUCUGGGAAACUCUUUUUAAAAGAAACCCCGACGGAGAGUGCACUUCCAAAGGCACUUCCAAUCACGAAAAAGACUUUUCUGAGCUCAAAUGCACCAAUGAGAAAGAAGGUUGCGCUUUAUGACAAAGAAAACCCAUUUGCGUUUGUUGUGGACGAUAAGAAAGAACCGCCAGUGUUGAUCGACCCUUAUUUGGGGAAGCACUUAAGACCACAUCAAGUCGAAGGAAUUAAGUUUAUGUAUAACUGUGUUAUGAGAGGAGAUGACUCCGGGUGUAUUUUGGCAGAUGAGAUGGGUCUUGGGAAAACACUUCAAACGAUCGCGCUGAUAUGGACACUGUACAAACAAUGCAACGUGAAAAAAACAGUUGUUGUCUGCCCGCAGAGUCUGAUUGGAAAUUGGGAAAAUGAGUUCAUGAAGUGGCUUGGCACAGAGAGAAUCCCCGUGAAGACGGGAAGCUCGGACGCUUUGAUGAAGCAAAAGGUGGAAGACUUCAUCAACGAUUAUAUCCCUGUUUUGAUCACAAGUUACGAGCAAGUCAGGUCGCAUGUUGAAACACUCAAGAAAACAAAAAUUGGAUUACUCAUUUGCGAUGAAGGACAUCGGAUCAAAAAUUUGAUGACCAAGACAAACACUUCCCUGCAAAACCUCGGAGCAAGCCGACACAUCAUUUUGAGUGGGACCCCAGUGCAAAACGGACUUGAAGAUUUCUAUUCACUUGUUGAGUUCUGUUGUCCUGGGAGUCUUGGACCCCUUAGGACAUUUAAAAGAGUUUUUGCAACGCCAAUACAAAGAGCACAAGACGGAGAUGCGACUCUGGAAGAAAUUGAACUUGGGAAGGAAAGAGCAAAGGAAUUAACAGUUAAGUUGAAUGAUUAUGUGCUCAGAAGGACAUCAAAGAUCAACGAAAAGUACCUUCCGGACAAGACGGAGAUUGUUGUGUUUGUCAAACCAAGCAUCGUUCAAAAGAAAAUAUAUGCGAUGAUGCUCAACGACUUGAAGAUGAAAAGAGUCGACCAAAGCGCUGCUCUUCAAUUCAUUCAACUGUUCACAAAAUUGUGCAACCACCCCCUCUUGGUGAGGGAUUAUUUGGUUGAAAAUUACAAGGACGUCGACAAAGAGAUUCUUGACAUAUUAAAUCAAGAGGUGGCCAAUUUGGAAGGGUCAAAUAAAUUCAACGUGACAGUGAAAUUCAUCGAAGAGAUUAUAGAAAAUAGCGAAGAGAAAGUUGUUGUCGUUUCUAAUUACACGAAGACGCUCGACGUCUUUGAGAAGUAUUUUUCUACACGCGAAGAAUCGAAAAUCAAAAUAUUGAGAUUAGACGGGAAGACGAGUCAGAAAAGUCGAGACACAAUAGUAGAAAAGAUUAAUGACAAGAAGUCCGGGUACAAUGUGUUGCUCCUUUCAAGUAAAGCAGGGGGUGUUGGUCUCAAUUUGAUUGGGUGCUCUCGUCUUAUUUUGUUUGACCCCGACUGGAACCCAGCGAAGGACAAACAAGCGAUGGCGCGCAUUUGGCGAGACGGUCAAAAGCGAAAGGCGAUGAUUUAUCGAAUGCUCUGCACGGGGACUAUUGAAGAGAAGAUCUACCAACGACAAUUACAAAAGAACCAAGUGAGUGAGAGUGUGGUCGAGGAGCAUCUUGAGAUGGGUAAAAGUUUGAGUUUGGAACAAUUGAUGAAGGUGUUUGAGUUGAACGAAAACACGUUAUGUGAUACACACGACUUGCUGCAAUGCGAUUGUGAGGGUUCAGGAACGGCGAACAAGAGCGGAGAAAAACAUUUGACGAUGGAUCGAAUUGAGUCGAUUGCGUCGGUCGAUGGACUUAUCACACGAUUGAAAGACGUCAAAGACCUCAUUUCGAUGCUUUUUGUCUGCGAGUUUCACAAUGAGUCGAGGUGA